AAUACCGUUGGAAAGAAAGACAAACCCAAACAACAACAUUGGGGCGUAUUGAACUUACGGCCAUUUUUCCCCUUCCUUCCAAAUACUCACAUACCAGCUAAGAAUGGGUGGUGCCCUGAGAUAACUGGUGGCUGAGUGACCUUUGCCUUUGAGUGUCUGUGUGUCUACAGGACCAUGGCAGCCUCAGAGGAACUGGGAGGCGGUUUGGAUGUGGAUGUGGUCGGGUUGGUAGAUCUAGAUUUCAAAAAUGAAUCAGACUUCUUUGACUUUGAUUCUGGAGGGGAAUUUCGGCUAUUUGGUGAAGCUGGUGCAGCACUGCAUACAACAAGCAGCAGCACCACCACCACUACUUCUGCUGCAGCCACAACCACUCCUCUUGCCUCUCCACCAGGUGCUCUUCUCAGCACUUCUCCAGGUGUCAAUAUAACAACGGGAAGCUCCAGCCAGAAUACAACUUGCAACAGUCUCAAAAAGACCGGGAGCACCACCAAAAGCAAAAGUCAUUGGACUGACAUAGAGAAAGAUCUAUUUCAGAAAGGCUUGGAACUGUUUGGAGCAAAUUGGAAUCAACUUUCAAGCUUUAUAUUUACGAAGACCCCUGGACAAGUACGAAGUUUUUACAAGAAGUGGAUGGAAGUUGUAAGUGUUGUUCAAGAAGCCGACACACUUGGAGAGACCCUGAUAUUUAUGCCUGCUGAUAAUGUGUGUAUUAGUACAGAUUUAGAAGAUCCUCUAGGGCUUAUUGAAACGGCCACCACAACUGUUACCACCACUCCGUUAUCUCCGAGAAAAACUAAGAAUGUUCAAAAUAAAUCCAAGACAUUGAAAGGUAAUGAGAAUGUUGAUUCAUCUUUUAAGCCUUCUGAUGAAAUCAUUGUUCCUUCAGUAGGUGAGGAGUGUGUCAUAGAACAAUGUGAGUCUUUUGUAGGGAGUCCUGAUAGUGAAAGAAGUAAAGAAAGGAAGAGUAUUUCAGCACAAAAGAAAUCACCUGGAAAAGUAAAGAAGAGUGGGACAUCAUUACAUAAAUCUCACUCACCCUUUAAGAUGAAAAAUCACAAACAGAAAACUAAAAAGAAGAAAAUGAAAGUUGCAGGCAGUCCGAAGAACACUGAGGCAAAGAACAUGACAGUGGUAGAACAUGUACCCAAAGCAGUGCCUGAACCCAACAUGGCUUUGUUAGGGCAAGUGGUUCAUUUGGUGAAGGAUGAUGAAAUGGAAGCAAGUGAUGUUGAUAUUGAUGUGAGUGAUGAUGAGCAGUUAGUCAUCAUUGACAAGUCUCCCACUGAUGUGAUCCUUUCCUCAAAAGUGGAAGCCUCAAAGAAUGGUAACAUGAGGGAAGAGAACACUGAAAUAAAAGAAAUGCAUUCCAAAAUUGAAGGUUUUGGACCUGAAGGGAGAAAGCAACAUGUAUUUACUUUUCCCCGACCACUGAAGGAAAGGGAAUUAGACUUGGAUAAAAUUACAGAUGAAGAGAAAAUUGUUCAUUAUGAGUAUUUUGAUGGUAAAGGUGUAAAAACUCCAGAAAGGUACUUGAAAAUAAGAAAUUAUCUGAUAAACUUUUGGAAUCAGAUAAAACCUAAAUAUGUGAGGAAAACAGCAGUGCGUGCUGGUCUCAAAAACUGUGGUGAUGUGAAUUCCAUCAGCAAAGUUCAUGAGUAUCUUGAGAAGAUUGGUGUAAUUAAUUUUGAGUGUCCAGAGAGCAAUUAUUCUUCACCUUUGGUUGUAGGAAUCAAACCAAAAGAAAAACAUGCAAUCCCCAGUAAACCCAUUGUCAAGGUGGACAGGUCAGAAAUGACCCGACAGAAACAGAAAAAGAAAUUGGAUAUGUCUCUUUGUGAAGGUGGAGGCUUGACCAUAAGUCACGAUGAAUCAGGAGCCAUCGUUGAUGCCUGCCACAUACCUGAGGCUCCUCGUAGCAGAGCAAGUUCUGGAGGCAACCGUAAUGGGUCCCGCACAGAACAGUUCAAGUUGGUGCGUUGUCUGGAGUAUGACCCAGACACCCCAGCACCAUUUUCUGUUAUCAUGCAUGCACAUGCCCUCAUUACCAUGGACCUUCAUGCCCACACCUCCCUCGCUGAAGUUAUGGGGUUACUUGGAGGGUAUUAUGACCCUACUUCACACACUCUGCAUGUGACCGUUGCUGUACCCACAGCAGCAGUCAGUUCAGGUGUGGAAUGUGACAUGUGCCCAGUGUCUCAGAGUGCAGCUUGUACCACAAUACAUGAGGGUGGUGUCCAGGUUGUUGGAUGGUAUCAUUCUCAUCCAACAUUCCCUCCAAACCCAUCCAUUCAGGAUAUGGACACUCAGAGUCAGAUGCAGCAGUGGUUUGCCCGUCAGGGUGCUCAGUUCUUAGGUAUUAUUGUAAGUCCGUUCUGUCCCACCAAUCGUAGUGAAGCCUCACACAUACGCUGCAUUGUCCUAGAUAGGCCGCCUCACUGUCAAGAAGAAAAAGGUUCUAAAGUUCCUUACAAGCUGUUUUGGUCUGUUAGUGAGGUGAUGCCUGGAGCUUGGGAGGAAGUAUGCCAGGGUGUAAGAAAGGUGGUGACUGGGGCCAGAGAUGAUCCCAUGGCAGUGGACUGGAGAGGAGAGUGGAGAGGGCAAGUUACCAAUUGGGAAAAAGCAAUUGCUUCUUUGAACCACCACUUACCUCACUAUCUCCACACUCCUCUACAGUCUGUUAGGACAACUUUUCUGACUGCAGUGAGGGAAUGUUUAGAUGCCUAGUGUCUAACUUUUUGCCUAUUAAUGUGCAAGAGAUAUUAUUUAUAAUAAUUGUAUUGUCAGCAUUUUAAGUAAAUUUGUAUAUUGCCUGUGUGUGUGUGUGUGUGUGUGUGUGUGUGUGUGUGUGUGUGUGUGUGUGUGUGUGUGUGUGUGUGUGUGUGUGUGUACACAUAUAUGUAUAUACAGUAUAUGUGGGUUUAUGGUGUGUGUUUCAUCAGAGGGAUUCUAGUCAAGUACUAGAUAAUUAAUUUUAGGAAUUAAAAGGUCACAUAACCUCAGCUAGUACAGUGGUAAUGUACUGGCCUGGCAUUGCUAAGGCUGGCAGAUUGAGUCUCACUUGGGCUCAUGAGUUUAAGCUGCUUACUGAGAGAUACUGCUGUGGUUGGAAUGCCACAGUGGAGAGUUGGGUUCAUCUGGCUGAUGUUCUGGAGAGCAUCAGAUGUGAUGGAUACUAGAACUAAAACCAACUAACUUUAACUUUAACAUUUAAUUGCUGCUUCCACAAAAUAGAAAAUAGAAGUAUUUUAAAAAGGAUAUUUUUUGUUAGAUUCUAAAGGUGCCUUAGUGCUCUUUAUAAAGGAGUGAGGCCACAGAAUGGGAAAAAAUGGAUAAAGAAGAGUUUGUGAGUGAGAGACAAAGGAAUAAGUUAUAGAUGAAUGUAACUUUUGCAUUAGUAAAGUGGACCAAAUAGAAUAUGUAGAAUUCAUGUGCUGUGGGACCAUGGGAAAGGCUAGACAAACAAGUUCAUAAGAGAAGUAAUUAAGAAAAAUAUAUUUACAGUGGUACCGCUUUUGAGCAAAAUCCAUUACUGCGAAGUCUGAUAUCUCGAGGUACCACUGUAUUACGUUUUGUGUGGAUACUGUGUACAACUAGACAGACAUUAUUCAAAUGGAGAGUGACCUGUUAUUAGAAAUGACCAGUACAGGGGAUCCUUGUGAUUCGACCUUUUGCAGUUUGAAUUAUUGCCAAUUCGAACUCAGUUAAUUAAUACCCAAUCUUCAAGAUUCGACCGACUGACUCGCCAAUUUGACAUUCAUAUCUUGCGCGCCACCCACCCGGUCAAAUCCGCCGCUAAACCAAAUUCGCCGCCAGCCCGCCAGGUGGAAGUGUAAACCGAGGCCGAGACUGCCACUCAUAGGGGAAACCCCCCACAGUAGGUGAUUUUAGCCUAAUGUAGGGGGUAGGGGAUGCCUUCUGGGAAAAUAGCAAUUUGCAAGGGAAACCAGAGAUUUUAUUGACAAUAUGUAGGGGAAUUUUUUUUUUUUAUUUCAAACAGUAAAUAUUUGUCUGGACACCCAUUACAGUUUAUGAAA